UUCGGCUUGCAUCCGUAGUCUGGACUGGACUGAUUCCACUGCUAGCAUCACAGGAACAACAAACAUAGGCGACAACAAAAUGGCAAUCAUACUGCAAGAAGUCCAGGAGUGGUACCGGGACCUCAUGGACAACAAGAGUGAUCCCCGCGUCAACGACUUCUUUCUGCUAUCAUCGCCACUGCCGACACUCUGCAUGUGCAUAUUCUAUGCCUACUUCAGUAAAUCUCUGGGACCAAGGCUGAUGGCCAAACGAAAGCCCAUGGAGCUGCGUUCGGUGUUAGUCAUUUACAAUGCGAUACAGACGAUCUUUAGUGCGUGGAUAUUCUACGAGUACUUAAUGAGCGGAUGGUGGGGCCACUACAGCUUCAAGUGCCAGCCCGUCGACUACAGCACCAGUGGCCUGGCCAUGCGGAUGGUCAACAUUUGCUGGUGGUACUACAUAUCAAAGUUCACCGAGUUCUUCGACACGCUCUUCUUCAUUCUGCGGAAGAAGAACGAGCACGUCUCCACACUUCACGUCAUUCACCACGGCUGCAUGCCCUUUUCGGUCUGGAUGGGUCUUAAGUUUGCACCAGGCGGUCACAGCACGUUCUUUGCCCUCCUCAACUCGUUUGUGCACAUUGUAAUGUACUUCUACUACAUGAUCGCCGCCAUGGGUCCGAAGUACCAGAAGUACAUCUGGUGGAAGAAGUACCUGACCACCUUCCAAAUGGUUCAAUUCGUGGCCAUCUUCACGCACCAGUUCCAGCUGCUGUUCCGCGACUGUGAUUACCCCAAGGGCUUCAUGGUCUGGAUCGGGCUGCACGGCGUCAUGUUCCUGUUCCUGUUCUCCGACUUCUACAAAGCCAAAUAUCUCAAUGCCGCCCGACGUCGCCGGCAGGCCGUCAAGGCCAAGGCCAAUGGCCAUGCCAACGGCGCGCUCUCGAACGGACUCUCCAAGCACUUCGGCGAGGGUGAUGCCCUGGUCACCAACGGCAGCAAUACGGGCGCCUGCAUGCCUGUAAUGGAGGACGAGUACGUCAAGAGCAACGGGCAUGCCAACGGGGCCUACAAGGAUGGCUUUUUAUCCAACAACGAUGCCAUCUUCAACCCGGACAGCAGUAGUUCUAGUCUGCACCAGCGCAAAGUCAAAUAACUACUGAUUAGGUGUACUACGAUGAUAUUCAUUAUGAUUAUGUUAAGUGUUUAGCGUGUAACUGAACCAGAUUGAAGAACAAGACAAACAAGAAACUCGGCAGAAGUGGCAGAUGCAGUAUGACAAUUGGCACCACAGCAAGGCAAAAUCAGCAGCACUCCGUUAACCAACUGUUACACAUCAUUUAUAUUUUAAAUACGGAUAAUACAUAAAUUCAGUUAUGUCGAAAGUCAUUCGGUUAAGCCGAAUCUUACCGAACAAAGGCCACCUAUGCCCAUCCACCCACUCGAACCGUCGUCAACUAAAGCUAAGUAGGAAACGCAGCGGCAGCACAAACUAAGAGAUAAUCAAACCCCUUUUAUGGGCAUUUUCCAUGGCACCGGUUUACAAGUCCAAGUCCCUUUGAAACAACAAACAGAUACAAUCACUCGGGCACAGAUACAGAUACAGAUACAGAUACAGAGGAAGUUAUUUUUUGAAUGAUAUUUGUAUAGCCAUUGGAGCGGAGCGCGUUCUUAACCAGCGUCAGAUACCAUUUACCAUUUUUAGUGUAGCUUACUGCAUACAAACACCUGCAAGAACAUACAUACAUACUCACUCUAGUUGUAGACUUUUUUAUGGCAAUUUUUGAUAUCAAAUUGAGACGUUAUGAUAAACGAUAGCUGAACACGCUCUCUUAAGUCUGCUUUAAACUUAAAGAACUCGUUAUACUAUUUGUAGCUUGUUUUUGUACAUUGAGAGGAACAAAGGCAUGUUUGUUGCAAUACUUUGUAAAGGUCUAAUAGUAAAACUAAUUUAUAUAUUGUAGCUAGCUAGCCAAUUGCAAAAUGUAACACGACCCAGACCUCCCUCGCCUCACAGGGCACUAAAACAAAAACGACGGACGACAGGACAACAGGACGACAGAACGGAUCGACCACAUAUAGUCAGGCAACACAGAUCAGAUCAACAAAGAACACAUGGAGAUAAAGCUUUUAUACUGUAAGUGCAAGACGGCUUAAGGAGCAGACAAUCAGUUUAGGCGUUGGCUGCCAACCUAGCAGAUGAAUUGGAUUGGUGUGAGUCCGAGCAAAAGUUGUCAACUAUCAACAUAUUUCAUUGAACCUCGUUUUGGUGUGUGGCUCAUACGUUACUUUAUUACUACUUAUACAAUACCCCUGUUUCCACAUUUGGUUUGAAGUUGUUAAACGGUUUUAUUUCAGAGAAGUAAGAAGUAUUUGCGACAAAUUGUUUGUAAGUGUAAUCCUGUCUGUUAACCUGUGCGUAUUGGUUUCAUUGUUAAGUUAUGUGGUUUAAGCUGACAAGUUCAAAAACUAUGGAAAACCUGAAUAAAGCUUAUUAAUUUAUAUUUAAAACUGUCCAAAAA